CAGAGAGACUUCCAUUUUACACGGUGACUGCGAGCUGAACCUAAAGUGACAGAGCACAACUUCUCCAGUGUAGCAGCCCGCCUCUCCAGACAGCAUGCUUAGCGUUAAACUUCGUAGUGCGAGGCCCUCGAUGGAUAGCCUGGACCCUGAGAGCCUGUAUGCGUCUCCAGAGCAGACGGGACAGCCCCAACUCACCCUCCCCACCUCCGAGGUCUCCAACUUGGCACUAGGGGGGAACAAAUUGCAGUGCCGGUUCGACAUGUGCGAGCCCCGCAGCCUCUUGGGUUUUGAAGUGAAUGCGCACGUUAACGGUAGCAUUGCUACAGCCUAUGCAUAUGGGAAGAAGAUGAACGGGUCUCUGGAUCACCCCGACCAGCCAGACGUUGAUGCCAUCAAGAUGUUUGUGGGGCAGAUCCCUCGCUCCUGGUCGGAGGAGCAGCUGCGGGAGCUGUUCGAGCCCUACGGAGCCGUCUACGAGAUUAAUGUCCUCCGAGACCGCAGCCAGAACCCUCCGCAGAGCAAAGGCUGCUGUUUCAUAACGUACUAUACUCGCAAAUCAGCCCUGGAAGCCCAGAAUGCACUGCACAACAUGAAGAUUCUCCCAGGGAUGCACCACCCAAUCCAGAUGAAGCCCGCUGACAGUGAGAAAAACAAUGCAGUGGAAGACAGAAAGCUGUUUAUUGGAAUGAUCUCCAAGAAGUGUAACGAGAACGACAUCCGGCUGAUGUUCUCUCCGUACGGACAGAUAGAGGAGUGCCGGAUACUGAGGGGCCCCGACGGACUCAGCCGGGGUUGUGCAUUUGUGACGUUCACAGCCAGACAGAUGGCCCAGUCAGCCAUCAAGUCCAUGCACCAGUCCCAGACCAUGGAGGGCUGCUCAUCGCCCAUUGUGGUGAAGUUUGCGGACACUCAGAAGGACAAGGAGCAGAAGCGCAUGGCUCAGCAGCUGCAGCAGCAGAUGCAGCAGCUCAGUGCUGCCUCCAUGUGGGGAAACCUCACCGGCCUCAACAGCCUGGGGCCUCAGUAUCUGGCACUCUACUUACAGCUGCUGCAGCAGUCAGCCUCCCAAGGGAACGCUCUCAACAACCUGCACCCAGUUUCAGGUCUUAAUGCCAUGCAGAACCUGGCUGCUUUAGCAGCAGCUGCCACACAGGCCACGCCCACAGGCUCCAGCGCCAUGACAACCUCUAGUAGCCCACUAUGUGCACUAACAAGCUCAGGCUCCUCCCCCACCUCCAGCAGUAACUCCUCACUGAACCCCAUGGCCUCUCUGGGGGCCCUGCAGUCCCUCGCUGCUGGGGCUGGAGCCGGCCUCAACAUGGGCUCCCUGGCAGGUACGGACCUACACUGGACCCGUCCAUCUGCACUGCUUAGAUCACGGACAGGAAGCAUGGCAGCUCUGAAUGGCAGCCUGGGCUCUGGAGCUCUGUCUAACGGCUCAGGAAACACCAUGGAGGCUCUGAGCCAGGCGUACUCCGGCAUCCAGCAGUACGCUGCCGCCGCCCUGCCCAGCCUCUACAACCAGAGCCUGCUGUCCCAGCAGAGCGUGUCCGCCGCAGGCAGCCAGAAGGAAGCGGGCGACAGUCGCAGCACCGGUCCAGAAGGUGCCAACCUGUUCAUCUACCACCUGCCGCAGGAGUUUGGAGACCAGGACCUGCUCCAGAUGUUCAUGCCCUUUGGAAAUGUCAUCUCUGCUAAAGUCUUCAUCGACAAACAGACAAACCUCAGCAAGUGUUUUGGGUUUGUGAGCUAUGACAACCCCGUGUCCUCGCAGGCCGCCAUCCAGUCCAUGAACGGCUUCCAGAUCGGCAUGAAGCGGCUGAAGGUGCAGCUGAAGCGCUCAAAGAAUGACAGCAAGCCGUACUGAACACUUAGCUAGGCAGGGUGCUGUUAUGGUAAGUGGAGUGUGAAUAACGGAGCCUGGCCCACUCAGAACUGGCCUAUGCAUUACAGGGUGACGCUGCUCUGCCUCUGGGCACUCACAUGUCCAGCGGGUCACAUGACGAAGAGCUUUCAGGCUACACUGGAUUGUUCAUGUGCUAUGUUGUGGUUUGUGCACUUUGUUUUCCUUUCACUAAUAAGACAAACGGGUGUUUUUUUUUAAGUUGAAAUGUUAUCAGUUUGCUGUGGUACUUUCUAUACAUAUGAGUUGAUUGUUAGGACGUGUUGCACAUUGACAGUGUGGUCAGAGCCGUGCCAAAUCCAUCUUUGUUUCCUUCUUGUUUACCCCCCCACCCAGACUGAGCAGUAUGCUCCUGAAAACAGGCAGAUGAACAGAAAUCAUAACUACGUUCACUUUACAUUUUCUCCAACCUGCUUUUAUAUGAAACACUUGUAUUAUCUGUUAAAAUAGAGACAGUGUAUGUGAUAUGCGCCUACAUUAGAUGUCAGGGUAAGUACAGAAGCUGACAUCGUUCAUGAGGAGGAGCUCCACUCAAACAUGCUUAGAGAUUUUAGACAUAUUAGUCCUCACUGUGUGAGUUUGACGCAGGGUGUGUGUGUGUGUGUGUGUGUGUGUGUGUGUGUGUGUGUGUGUGUGUGUGUGUGUGUGUGUGUGUGUGUUGCAGCAGUGUGAUACAGACUGAAUGCUUCUCUCGGAGUGUUGCAGCUGCUGAAGGGCUUGCAUUUAGCAAGGUGCCUCAAGUGGAUUCUGCACAUGUGCCUAUAGGUUUAGCUGUAAUCAAACAUUGGCUGGAUAUGAUAGAGUGGUGCAGGAAUGAGUCCUAAAACACUGGAUAUAAGUCAGUAUUUUCCAACAUCCGAUUGGAACUUGUUUAUGAUUAGAAACCUGAAAUAAGGUCUGUGGUUAACACAAGCAAAAAAGAUGUUCAUGUGUUUGCUAUAUAACGUGUAGAAUAUGUUAACCCCCACUGGUGAAUGUCUGAAGCUCCUAUAUGGCAACAGAGUGUAUAAAUGAGAUGACUAAACGCCAUCACACCAAACAUUAGCCGCCUUAGCUUAGGCUAAUGCUGAUGUGAGGUCAAGUAGUUCCUUUAUAGGCUGACAUUAGCUUUUUACUUCUGGAGAUGAAGACAUCAUCACUGCACCAUUCUGUAGCUAAAGGCUGCUCCUUUGUGCUCUUUGAUCUGGCCGUCAGGCGGACUCACUUCCACUGCAGAUGAAAUUGUACUUAAGUGUUGAGAUUCCUCGAGGACAGAGUAUGAUUCAGCGGAGCUCCUCCUCUGCUGCUGAUGUCAGCUGUUCCUGGGAAUACUGUGAAGUAAAAACCAAACAUGAUAGGUCUGUUACCUUCAUCUGAAUAACCCAGAGUCUGUCUGAUGCACAUGUAUUACUUUGUUUGAAUCUAUUUGAUGGUUUUAGUAGCUUUCUACCCUGAAUCCUGGUGUUGUGUAAAGAAUCACCCUCAGCAACUGUCCUGCUAGCUAACAGCUGGCUAACCUACAGAGGGCUACACCACUGUGUCUCUCACCGAACUCUUAUUCAUAUCAAUGUCAACUUGCUCAAGGCAAACCUGUUAGUAACUUAGACGUGCAAAAAAUUGCGUUUUAUUUAAUUUGAUAGAACUAGGAAGUGAGACAAUUGUUGAGAUGUAUAUUUAAACUAUUAUGCCUUUUUUUAUUUUUUUAUAGGUUUUAUACUUCCCCUGUGUGUCGGGGAACUAUUUAUUGCCUAAAUUAUUUAUCUGAAUUGAAAUUAUUUUUGAAAGACAGAUGUUUAGUCCAACAGCUGAAUCUGAUCACCGGUGUGUGUGUGUCUUUUCCUUGCCUGUUUGGUGAUGUGUACUUUGUGUCAGUGUGGCAUGGACUGUGUGUGUAGGAUCCAUCAGUGCUGCUGCACACUUCUUAGAUCUCCUUCUCUGUCAUAUAUGCCUUCAUCUGAAUAAACCACUCAUUUUACAAAAACACAGGUAGCAUAGUUUAUUCUAAAGGUCCAUGUGUCUGUUGGUCCUGUUUCAUGUGAGGAAGAGUGUGAUUUCACUGGUUGUCAACAACUUCACACCAGGCCUGGUUCUGGUCCGAGUUCUAGAACUGGGACCAGUUUUAAAACUGAUUCCAGGUCCAAAUCCGAAGGUUGAGCCCAAGUGAAGACGGGAAAAGUGUGUGUGUGUGUGUCACCUUCAGACGUCACCACGAAGAAUAUUGUCACUCACUGUGUUCCCCACACGAAGUGUCUUACUGUAUACAAAAAGUGUGUGUGUGUGUGUGUGUGUGUGUGUGUGUGUGUGUGUGUGUGUGUGUGUGUGUGGUUGUGUGUGUGUGUUGUGUGUGUGUGUGUGUGUGUGUGUGUGUGUGUGUGUGUGUGUGUGUGUGUGGUGUGUGUGUGUGUGUGUGUGUGUGUGUGUGGUUGUGUGUGUGUGUGUGUGUGUGUGUGUGUGUGUGUGUGUGUGUGUGUGAAAAAGCUGAGGACCUUAGGUUUUUCAUUCGGGAAACAAGUGCAUUGUUCGGGACUAUUUCCAUCAGUGGAGUUGUAGUGAUUAUUUCUGGAAGCCGCAGGUUUCUAUUCAUUUCUCUGUGACAUUAAUAUUCCUAUCACCAAUCAACAACAGUGACACUGACAUAGAUCAGUUAUGAUCGCAGUAAACUCAUCCACUAUCUCCAGAUUGAACAAAGCUAUACAGAAACUAUUAGAUGAUUGUAAUGGUUGAACACAUUGCAACAUUUGCACAAUGGUUAGCUGUGACAUUAAAUAUUAUGUUCUGAGAAUUAUGCUAAAACAUGUAAUACUGCUAGUAUGGUACAUUUAAAAUAAAAGCAUUUUUCAAAUCCAUUCAUUCAUCAGUCAUUUGGAGUAACAUUUCUAUUUGAAUUCUCAUCACUUUUUAAUUGCAAUAAAUGAAUACCAGUUAACCGUUAAUAAUAAUAGAUAUGAACAGAUCAGUAUGAAAUAUAAUAUAUUAUUGAUGUGAUCUCUGGUGAACCUGCAUGUGUCAUUCAUUCUGUGCUGUGCUUUGUUUCAAAUGUCGUGUGUGUGUGUGUGUGUCGUCCUCUCUGUCCCUGACUGUGUACACUGAGGUUUUCUCAUUCUUAGUUUCCUCCUCUCUCCUGUCUGUGUUCAUUGCAGUUUAACUUAGUGUGUCUCCGUGUUUUUCUUUCUGUUCUCUCUAGAUCUCUUCCUGUUUGCCUAGCAUGUUGCUGUGGCGUCACUUCAUCGUCCAGUCCUUGUCUUCUGCUCUUCUCUGAUGUUUCCAAUGUCUCCCCUGACCUUGUGUUUGGCAUUGAUUACCAGGAGGUUGUGUUUGGUUGUCUUCCAUUCUGUUUGUCCUCUGUCCCGCCAGUCGGGGAAGACUGCCCCAAGAAACGUUUUAGGCUUCAUUUGAAAUUGUUACAAUCCAAACAGAGAAUCUAUUUUUGUAGAACUGACACAUAACCACUAGUUUUUGCAAAACCAGUUUGAGCGGAGUGUGACUUUAACUUAUUUGAUCUGCUGUGUUGUGGGCAGUGCUCUGUUUGUGUGUGAUUUAGCUCACGCGUGUGUGUCAAAUGACUGACACUUUGAAAGCAGGUUAGUGAUCACGUGUUGUUAGAUAUUAGUCAUUUAAUGCUAGGCUAGCAGAGGGUAAAGGUUUCCGUUAGAGAUAUGUUCUGAGGACUGUCAGUAUUUUUGACUGGAAGCACACAUGCUGUUCUUCUCUGUGUGCAGAAUCACACACAACCCAGAGCAGGGACUUUUGUCACAGUGUAUUUAGUAUGCAUGUUUUUGUAUUAUCUGCACUGAAAUUCUUGGCAAAAUGUGAUCUAACUUGUGUUAAAUUAAAUUAUGAAUAAACUGGUGCCAAAUGUUUUGCACAAUCA